CUACACGGGAUUCAUUAGGAAUGGUCUAACUACACAGGACGGGGGCAGGUUUUUGUAAGAAUUUGGAUUACUGGAUAUAUUUAGCUGACAUAUAUAACAGCACUGGAGCGGAUCUAUUGCUACAUCAAAGGACACCUGUGUCUUGCCUCUCAGGAUGUGUAGCAUGGUGUUGCUGUAGUGGAGAGGACCACCACACUAGGAUCUGCAGACAGUGACUUGGCCAGUUGAUCACCAUGACUCUCUUAAGUGUCAGCUCAAAGCCGAACUGGUGCCCUGGACUCAUCUGUGUUCUCCUGAGCCUCUCAGUUCUACAUACUCACGCCAAAGAUGCCCUUCCUGUACCCCAGCAGGUGAGCCUGUCGCCCAACAUGUCUACACAGCAACUAUCCAUAUCCUGGCUGGGAGGAGCAGCCACAACCUUUGACCUCAUGAUUCUCAGAACUGAACUCAAUGAAACUGUCUUCUACGACACUGUGUCUGUGACGGUGAAUCAGACAAGUGGUAAGCACCAGUGGAAGUGGACCUCAGUUGAACCUCUGGAGUGUACCUCACUGUCAAUCAAAAUCUGCUCAAGAGAUGGACAGACUACUAGUGAAUGGAGCAACACUCAGAUACUUCAAGGAAACGAUGUCCCCACCAAUGAGAAUUUCCAGAUGUACCCCCAGGACAUAAUUGUGCCCAUGGGGACCAACACCACUUUCUGUUGCAUUGUGGAAGAGGGGAAGCAGUUCGGUACCAUCCGCUACGUCAAGACAGUCAUGAACACUAUACGACUGAGUAGGCGAAGUUACGCCACUACGGUUGUUAAUCAGGGACUGUCCGGCAAUUCAGGGAACAACGUCGUCUGCUUUGACAAACCGCAGACCAGACUGACUGGAACAGUGGUGUUUGUUGGAUAUCUACCACUGCCCACUGAUUUUGCGUGUGAGACUCGUGACUUAACUUCAGCCGUGUGCCAGUGGAACGAAGGACGAGACACAAACUUGUAUGGCAGACGCGGAACACGCUACUUACUGAACAACAGGAACUGUCCUUUGAAAAGGACGCAGGAGCAGCAGAAAGAGUGCAGUGUGGCCCAGUGGGAAGGUAACUGGACACUGGUAGCUGUGAAUCCUCUCGGCCAGUACAACCUCACCGACUCUGCUGAGCUCAGUCACAGAGUGCGUCCAGUAGCACCAGAGAACAUGACCUCUGAUGUCAAUGCAUGGAAUGCUACUGUGCUGUGGGAGUGGGAGUACGCCGGCUAUUCCUCUCUGGCUCUUGACUGCCAGGUAGAGCUUACCUCCCAAGGACACAAAACAAAGCGUACCUUCUCUGGUAUUGGCCUGAGGUCAGUGUUUCUACCGGACCUUUAUCCUGACGAGGAUUACAGUGUUAGAGUCCGCUGUGGGGCCCAGCAGAACUUCUGGAAGUGGGGAAGCUGGAGUGAACCAUUUUCCUUCAAAACCAACACUUAUGUUCCAGAUGCUCCCGAUGUUUGGAUGUGGAUAAACAAAGACUACACGGGGCAGAUCAUUUGGAAGCCUCUAACACGAAGACAGAGCCAUGGUCUGAUUACAGGUUAUAAAGUUACUCUCUGGAGCACUGAAGAAAAUUUAAUGCACGCAGAAAUCUUUUCAUCAGAAACUUCUGCUGCACCAAUCAACCUCAGACAGAUCGCUAACCUCAGUAGUGAUGACAAGGUCAUGGCAACCGUCACUGCACAGAACACUGAUGGGGAUUCUCAACCUGCAAAUGUAGUGAUACCUCUACGUUUGGCAGAUGUGGAACCCCGUACUGUGUCCACGGCAGUUUAUACCGACAGAGGUUUCCCUCUGUUCUGGCAGAGCGAUGCCAACACCACCUGUGCUUAUGUGGUAGAAUGGUAUGAAGCCUUCUGCAAGAGGAAUUGCCCUGUGGAAUGGAUCCAUGUGGCCGCUGGAAACACUAAUGUCUCCAUUGAGUCAGCCAACUUCGAGCCGGGUGUGAGGUACAACAUUUCCCUGUACAGUAGCUGCUCACAGGCGCCAGAGUUGCUGCAGCAGUGGCAAGGAUACAUGCAGGAGCUGGUCCCUUCCACUUCUGUACCUCUGACAGCCACUCAGCAGGGCUCUGAUAUUCUCCUCACCUGGGAAGAGAUCCCGCUGGCCAAAAUAAGAGGCUUCCUCCUGGGCUACAAUGUUUACAUGAGUAGUGGCUCCCAGCUCACGCUUCUAGCCAAUAUUUCAGACCUAGGACGCAGGAGCUUCACAGUAAAAGGUCUCUCUGAAGGCUCCUAUAAAUUCACUGUCAAGGCCUACACCUCAGCAGGCGAGGACACCGGCAGCACUGCCUCCACAUUACUGGAGAGAUUAAGUGAUCUGUUGAUAGUGGAAAUCUUGGCUUCCCUGGGAAUCACAGCCUUAUUCCUGGUCAUUGUCACCUUUGUUUGCUACAAGAAACGGAAAUGGGUGAAAAAGGCAUUUUACCCAGACAUACCAGAGCCCAAGCUGCCAGAUGAUUGGUCCACUCCACGGCGGCCGUUGGAUGUGAAGUCAUCUCCUCACAGUUUGGUCCACAUGGUAGAAAAGCCUGAGUGGGAUUCGAGUAAAGAAGUGCUUGUUGUCAUUCCUGAAGAAGACGAGGAUGAAGAAGGGCUGGGAGACGAGCCAGUUGACACAGAUGAGCCAACAUCACUUCGCUAUUACAACCAAGUGGUAGACGAGCGGCCCAUAAGACCACGUUACCCAGACUCCUCUGCUUCUUCUGCAUCCUCUUUGGAUUCAGCACGCACAGAUGUGACGUACACAGGGAUCCAGACCUCAGGGUCUUCUUUGGUCUUCCAGUUGGAUCCACAGGGCUCUUCUGAGUGCCACCAACCCCAGGCUGAUAUGUCCGUCUGUGGAGGUGAAGGUGGGGGUUACCGGCCCCAGAUGCAAACUAGAGCCCCAGUUGAUGAUAUGGCUCUAGAUUCACCCGAGCCUUUCCUAGAGCCCCAAGCUGCCAGUGCUGGGGGCUACAAACCCCAGAACUCCUGGCAUUUGGACUCCCCCGAGGAGGCUGGGGAAUGUGUCGGUCUGGCACCCUCUCUUGGAUCUCCCACCUCAGUUGCUUCCACUCAGUUCCUACUCCCUGAUGGAGAGGAACAUGAAGAGGAUAAACGACAGCUGUCGUCAUCGGCAGCAACCUGGUUCACCAACCUGCUGUCAUCCACAAAACCGUGAUAUCAUCUCACUCUUAGCAGCCCGGCCAGGUGGGGCAUUACAUGCAAACAUUCAAAUUCAUUACUGUUACCAGGACAUGCAUCUAACAACCCUAACCAAUAAGGUUCUGAUGUAGCACUACAUUCUUACAGAUGUUCUUUGACAGCAGCUUAAUAAUGCUAUUUAAGGUGAUCUUUUCAAACAUACUUAGAAAUGCAAUUCAUUUUCUCUAUCAUGCACACUACUAUAAAUCAAAAUCUGUAUAUUUAUACAUCAAAACAUUUCUAUUCUGUCCACAAAUCUCUUAAAAAAAAAAAAGACCAUAUUUAUCUCACCCCCUGGCAACCUGGCGGCUGCUAUGUCCCCUCACUGCCUUUUCUGUGAUUUCCUGUAGUGGGCAUUUAGCAAUGGCAUAGUCUGUGUUGAGUAUCUCCAGUUUUUAGCUUGCAUUUCAGAUGUUUUUAUUUUUUGUGACGUGAACUUUACUACACUAAAGAAGAAAACUGAAAGCAAGAAGGUUUUGAAACCAAAUGACGGAACAAUAAAAGUAAAGGACAUUUUUGGAAGAACACUACUAAAGAACUGAAGUUUUAAUAGAAGGUAGCUAAGCAUACGGAAAAACCUGUUUACAGUGUCCAUGUCUUCUGCUGGUCCGCCAUUGGGAUAAUCUUGCCUGUUUAUGACAGCUGAUGAGCUACUGAAAGGACAAAAGGCAUUCGGUUGUAAAUAGAAAUUAUACAAUUAUAUAAAGGUGGCACUCUCCUGGCUCAAUACCAAGGUAGCUACUGUCGUUACAGACAUGAUCUAUUUUUCUCAAAUUACAGAUGUUAAUUGAAAGAUGCACUUGUCAAUGAGAAUUAUUUUACACCGAUACAGGAGUGGUGCUGUCUGUUAUGGUCUGGAAUUAUGUGGGUGAUGAGCCCCACAGAUAUAUACACUGAUAUAAGCUAGAACAUGAAUACAAACUGAUGUAAUUUAAUGUACGAAAACACUAUAAUGUUACUUUGGGGUGUUUUUGUUGUUGUUUUGUCUUCCUUAACCAAUAGAGGUCAUUGCAGUAUUUUUUUUUCUUGGUAAGACACACAUUUCAGUCAGGCCAGUGUUUUUUUUUAAUGUUGCUAAGUGUGGUGCAUUAUCCUCAAGUUGGUAAUGAAAAAUGUAUGAUAAUGAACUUUGAUGGGUAGCUAAAGUGUUUAAAUUGCCUUGAUAAAAGUAAUGCUUCCAGUCAUUUGCACCAUAUCACUUUUCACACACUGCCUUGCUCCUUAUUGUAAUGUAUAAUGAAGAGAAUAUCAUCAUACACGAUAAUGCAGUUCAGAACUAAUCAGUAAUGUUUUGAAUUGGAAGUACAUAUUUCACUGGCACUGAGUGUAACGUACAAAUAAUGUCCGUUUAAAUUUAAAUUUUAGUUACAUUUUAACAGCCAUGAUGUUACUCUGAAACCCCAGUAUGUUUGUGUGGUUAUAAAAAAAUAUUAUUUUUUGGUCGCUUUAUCUUUAAGCUCAGAGAAAUAAUGCAUAAUGCAUUUGAGCUUGAUUUGCUGUGCUUGAAAGCUUGUUUUUUUUAGGGAGAGCUAAGUCUACAAUGCAUUUUUUUUUUCAAAAGUGACUAUCUCGUAAUUUCAAAUUUUUCCUGAAGCGUCCUCCUACAUUUUGUGACUGGAAAAAGGGACCAUGGGCACAGAAAGCAUAUGUAGGGAAAUUACAGAAGAUUUCUAUGAAUGCACUUAGCUUUUUUUAAUUAUUUUUUUUUUCAAAAAUGUGUGGAAAUGACCUUGUGAAUAUUGGUCGCUUCACAGUACAAGCCACUAAUUGCCAAAGUAGACUCCACAUACUCCAUUUGCUCACCACUCUUGUGCAUUGUGGGUGUUAAGAAUGAACCAUUGGCUGGGCUUCCCAAGAGCAUCAUUAUGCAAAGAUUAUCCUUUGACGUUGUAAUCCAGUGCUAACCAGGAUGUUUGUUUUAUCAUAUUUUCCAGAGCCAGGCCCUUGCUUGCCUGUGUGGCAGCCUGUGGUCUAUUGUUUCUCAGUGCCUCCAGCCAACAAGCUUUAAGUAAAACUACUGUGACAUGAAUGAUGACUUAUAUAACUGAUGGCUUCACUGAUGACAGGCAGUCCUCUUUGACUACUGAGAAAAAUGUAUCUCCUCUUUCUUUUUGUCUUAUAACACUGAUCCGAAUCUUAACUUGGUAAUUCAGAAUUGAGUAAUGAGUUUACCAACACCAGUUGCGUUGUGAGAUUAGUGAUCACUUCAAGGCAGUGGAAAAGGGUGGAUAUAGUUUUGAGUAUUUAAAUGUGGCUGCAGAUUGUUUUCCUUUGAAGCCUGCUUUCUCAAACAAGCAUGGCUUUGGAGACUAACCUAUGAACGCUAUGUGUUACAUGCUUUGAUGUUGAUUUAGGUCAACAAAAUGGCACCUUUUUAUUUUUCUCUAAAUCCUUUGUUUUUAUACAGCUAAUUGUACAUAAUUGUAAUUUUCUUUCAUUUGUUUCCUUUGUACAGUAUAAAAUGAUAUUCCCAAUACUACAACAGCCUGAGUUGAUGUUGACAAGUCAGGUUUCUUGAGAGAAUAAAGGCAAAUGUUGUUUUAACGACACCAGAUAUAAAGUUCUAUGAAAUAUAGAAGCAUCACACACUGACUGUAUAUUUGUUGUAUGCUUAAGUGCAUUGAAAGCUUUUAAAGUGUGCCCGAAAAAUCAUGUAAACUGAAUUAGAAUUGUGAUCCUGUCUUCUUAUAAUAGUUUAGCCUGCUGUCUUAUCUCUGCAGUGUUACUUUGUAGCGCUUUGUAAGUAGGACUUGAGUACUCAUCAUGCGGACUCAUACAUGCCAACUGCUGACAUGCAAUUUUCCAUUCAAUCUAUUACCUUUUUUCAUUGUCCAUCCUGAUUAUUAAUUGGAGCCUGUCUUUAAUCUGUAGUACAUUAUAAUUGUGGCAUUUAUACAGCAGGGUUCAUUUGCUACCUAACAUCAUCAUCUCUAGCCUUAGAUGUUUUUGCAGAAUAAAUGCAUGUUGUAUGAACUAUUACUACUAAACAGUUGCUCAUAAGUCCUUUAAACUCCAUGUUUAUGUUACCCUAUAGCUUUAAAACACUAACACUGACUAAUGUUGUGCACGACAACAUGACUGAAGUAUUGUCCACCUGAGAAAGGCUUUCAUUACUGAAAAUGCUUUAAAUUUCAUGAUAUUUUGCAUCAUAUUUUACUAUUGAUAAAAAAAGACAGUAAUGUGCUUUUGAGUGAAUAAAUAAAUGUUAACACUAAUAACACAAAGUGAAAUGCUACUUGUUAAAAUGCAAUAAAGUAAUUUGUCUGGCCA